AUGCCGAGUGCUCUGCAAACAAUCACCGGCCAUGAAGAUAUUGACCUUUUCGAUGAAGGGUUUGGUGGACGGAUGCGCCUGACAGAACGCUACGGCAGGAAUCCAAACCCCACUGCUGGGUCGCCCCGUUAUGACUUUAAAGAUCUCGCAUCGGCGGCAAACGACAAGACAGGCUGGUCUGGACGAUCCAGACCACUAUCUAUGCCGUCCAUCCCAUCGACGUUGCGCCCGGAGCAGAUCGAUCAGGAGCCAGGGGUAUCCCACCUUGGGGACAUGCAACAAACCUGGUACAACACCCAACCAAGUUCUCCAACCAGUAGUCCGAAUACGGGUCUCUACAAUGGCAACCCAUUUGCCAGCUCAUCGGGAAUAUGCUACGACUCUAUGUGGUCGACCACUCGAGCGAUUUCUUAUAAUAGCUUGGGUGCCCUGAGUGGAGUAGAUGAGUAUAGGUGCGUGCCCACUAUGCGUCGUUAA